CCUACGUUCACUUUCAUCCGGACUUUAUAGUUUCUCCUCAACUUAUCUGGAAUUCCGAAAUGAAAGCUGUACUUUCUUCCUUCUGGGUCUUGGGCCUUACGAUGGUGUCCAACGCAUGGUCACAAGACCAGACUGCAACUUCAAUUGAUAUACAAGGGCCUGCAUUAAAUCCAUCGCACGAGUAUAACCACGCCCACUCUGCGUUCCCGGAUGAGGGUAUGCAAUUGUUGGAGGCAUCCUUCUCACCGCGCUUUGCUCUCAUGGAACGCGAUAACAACGCUGGAAAGCCUCCAAGCCAUUGUCUCCGUGCCAGGGAGUUUCCAGCGGAAUUCGACACUCUGUUGAUUAGCCUCAAGCUGGCUAAUGUAGACUGGGCUGGAACCAGUUCUGAUGUCACCAUCAGCAUUACUGUUAACGACAAGAGAAAAGUUCCAGUUUUCGCUGGCAACAUUAGCCCGAGCGUUAAUGCACAUCAGACCAUUUCGUUGAAGUCGGCAGACUACUUUGGGGCAGAGAAGGUCAGCUUGACGGACUUGAAAGUGUUAAAGAUUUAUGCCUACCAUAAUGGCCAUAUCUUUGACGCCCUGGAAGGGCUGCAGUUUAAUUUAGAAGGGGUUGUUCUGAUCGCCAACGACAACACACGGGGUAUUUCGUACAAUAAUGUGCAAUACGAGUUGAUAAAUGAAUGGAUCAGCCCAUCGUCGCACUCGCAAGCGCGCAAAGAAUGGAACCUCAAUGACGAUCAGUGGCAUGCCAGCAGGCCCGGAAAGGCGAGUCCAUAUGGUAACUAACUUUGGCGUUUCAGAAGAGAGACCAUUGAACCAGCUGGUACGCUUUGAUGGGUCAUUUGCCAAGCAUCUUACUCUCGCAUCAAGGGUAGUUAGUGGUCAAGCUCUGAGGCAAUUACCACGUUACAUUCUUUUCUUUUCGUGUGGCCCUACGACCGCUACUUCCAAUCCAAUAAGGCCAACCUUUACUACGUACGCCUGUAGCCUUCCUCUUUUGCUGUACUCCCUUGUGCGCUAUCUGGCUCUCAUAAUUAUCAGCUAUGCUUGAGCUCAAGAAGAA